GUUGAUUAGCCUUUCUCUCUUUGUGUGGGUGUGUUUUGGGGCUUAUGCUAUGUCACUGUGUGUGUGUGCAACUGAGCCAAGCUCUGCAGUUUGACCUAAAGCUGCACAUUCCUUUCAGCUCACGUCAAAUCUGCCUGGGAGAGUAAUAGCGAGAGAGUACAGAGCGAGAGAAAGAGAGAAAGAGAGAGAGUGAGAGAGAGUGAGAGAGGAGCGUGCCCCGUAGUGUGGUGAGGGACUUAAAGGGGAAAUAGGCAACAAAGGAUAAGAGGUUGUGGAGAAGCAGCUCUUAGCGUGGAGACAUCAGCAGGAACAUGUUGCUGUCUUUCCUGGCUUUGUGCUGUGGCGGAGCAGCUGUUCUGUAUGCCCUGUACUCCUGGCUGAUCCCUGCAGCUGUGCAGUACAAUGCAUGGUGGGCCCUGCUCUGGCACGACACCAUUGUAGAGAGGGCGCUCAAUAUCGUCACCCGAUCCACCCGACCCCAGCGUCUUCUGAGAGCAGUUCAGAAGAAGGCAAUCAAAGGAGACCCUCAGAGUGUCAUCUCUACUAUCGAUUACUUCUGCAGGCAUUCUGAAUGGGCCAUGAAUGUGGGAGAUGAGAAAGGGGCCAUCUUGGACUCUGUGGUGUGCGAGGUCAGUCCAUCCACUGCCCUGGAGCUGGGUACGUACUGUGGUUAUUCCACUGUUCGUAUUGCCCGCCUGCUGCCCCCUGGCACCAAGCUCAUUACCCUGGAGUUCAACCCAGAUUAUGCCGCUGUGGCUCGUCAGAUCAUUGAGUAUUCUGGGCUCCAGGACAAGAUUUGUCUGGUGGAAGGAGCCUCAGGAGAUCUAAUCCCCAAGAUGCAGGAGCUAUUUGGGAUUAAAACGUUUGAUUUUGUCUUCUUGGACCACUGGAAAGACCGCUACCUGCCUGAUAUCAAACUUCUAGAGGAGUGUCAGCUGCUGAGGAAAGGAUCCAUACUGCUAGCAGACAAUGUCAUCUGUCCUGGAACCCCUGACUACUUGGAGUAUGUCAGAAACAGCCCCCGGUACGAGAGCAAAUAUUUCAAAGCCCACCUGGAGUACACUAAAGUGGAGGAUGGCCUGGAGAAAUCUGUGUUCUUGGGAUAAAGACGUGACAGGCCGUGGUUCAUAUUCAAUAACACCUACCACACCUAUGUUUAUCCAGUAUCUUUGUUUACUUACCUACUGCCCAUGUACACACUAAGGAGUGGCACUGUGAAAACAAAACAUCUAUCUGAAAGGGUCUGUGCAAUUGGGAUCCUUGGGACAUCCCUGGUCCAUUGAAGUUGACAUUUAAAAUGGUUAUGGUUAAGGUAAGUGUUAAGGUUAAGGUUGGGUAAGGGUUACAUUUUAUGGUAGGGACAUCCCAAGGAUCCCGGAUGGCACUGACCUGUCUGUAAGGAAGACCUACCUGCUACUUUUAGAGGACCCAGCACCAUUUUGACACUACUGCGUAAAUACUGCCAUGUGGGUUUAAUUGAAAUGAGCUCUCUGUAUCCUUCCGUCUGCCAUAGAGGAGCACAAAAAGGAAGGGCGGGUGUAUUGACCCUAUUCACAAAGCCUUUAUUUGACGGUUUAAAACUACUUAGUGUUAUGUAAUAGGAGUCAAACCAAGAUGAAUAAAAUCAGGAAGUCAUCUUAUUACCAUAUUUCUGAUGUGAUUACAGCAAAAUGCAGUGCUUUACAUUAUAUUCUUUAUGCUUCACAUUUUGUAAAAUUGUUGUAUAUUACAUGUUAUAUGUUACAUGUAUAUUACAUCAUUUAGUAGACACUUAUACAGAGCAACUUACAGGAGCAAUUAGGGUUAAAUGCUUUGCUCAAGGGCACGUCGGUCGAUUUUUCACCAAGUUGGUUCCGGGAUUCAAACCAGCAACCAUUUGGUUACUGGCCCAACGCUCUUAACCGCUACACUACCUGCUGCCCUAUAAAUUAAUUUAUCAAUUGUAAACCUUGCUUGUCAGGCAUCAAUUGUUUAAUACUUGCAAGAUUUGCUGAACAUUUGUAUUUUUAAUGAUGGAUUUUACUCAGAUUAUUUUGAACCCAUCUUUGUAAGGAAGGGUUUGGAGUUGUGAUAAUAAUGAAGAUAUUGAAAACAACGGACAAA